AUGGCUACUACCGAAUCGUUCCACGACAUCAAAAUGACCGUCGUUCCUCCACCGGAGCACGAUGCGUCUCGAGGGCGCACGCGUGACCGCAUCAUGCCCAUUCCCAACUCCAAGAACCUGCGUCCAGACGAAUCCAGCACACUCAGAGGUCGCUCUCGUCGACGCUCAGUCUCGCCCUUCAGCCUUGCUUCUCGAGGCUCUUCUCCUUCAGUCAAGCCAUCCGCCAACAGACUGAUGCUGCACAACCGUUUGCGAGAGAAGCGCCGCGAGCACUGCCCUUCUCGAAUCGCAUCGCCCGCCAACUCGGAGGUCCUACACAAACAAACACGCCUGAGGAGCCGAAGCCGCGGGCCGCGAAGGGACAAGGAACCCCACAGACCUGUCGACCACCUGUCCAGCCUACGAAACGAGGUCUUCCUGUCGGACGAGGAACAGCCCGGCCACGGCAAGACUUCCUGA